UGUAAUGUGACGUUCCUCUGGGAAAACAGCACAACUCACUACGGUUUCACCUGAAACGCAGCACGAAGAAGUUCACCUCCAUGUCUUUGUGAAUCUGAAAGAGUUAGUGCUGUUUUCUUCCUGGAAGCUUUAAGAGACACUCACACAGUGAGGAGGAGGAGGUGACUGGCUCGUCUGAACAGGCGUGGAUCCAUUACUGCUGAGGCUCUUCUGCUCACUUCCUGCAGUGUAGCGCUGUGAUGGCAGCUGUGAGGGCUGCUGUGGGGGGGGUGUGGCCCCCCGGGCUGGCCCUGCUGGCCCUGCUUCAGCUGACCUGCUGCUCCGUGCUCUCCAGACCGGCUCCAGCAGUGCUGCUGGACGGCCAGGCCGCGUCCUCCUUCCUGUCCCGCUCCCUGCUCUAUAACAGCUGGGACUUUGAGAUAGUGGUGUCUGACAAUCUGGAGCGGGAGUGUGUGGAGGAGCAGUGCAGCUAUGAGGAGGCCAGGGAGGUGUUUGAGGACAACACCCAGACGGAAACAUUUUGGAAGAGCUAUGUCGACAGCCAAGCGAAUUCUCCCAAAGUGGAUGUGUCAGGGCUGGUGGCCGGGAUCCUGGCUGUCCUGGUGUCUGCUGUUUUUGCCACUGUGCUGGGAAUCUACUGCUACAAAGCCAAGAACAAAAGUGGACGAAGAGCUCCAGUGAGGAUGGCAGCAGACGGCCGUCCAGCCCCAGAGACCGUGCCUCUGGCUGGGAUCAUGGUCCCAGGUUUACCCAGCUACAAUGAGGCUCUGACCCGCAGUGGGCAACAUGAUGCCUCCCCACCACCUUAUUCAGGGGGCGCGCCCUCAGAACCCGCUGAUCCCGGGGACGGAGAGAGAGAGGUCUGAGCCUCUGCUGGAGCUGUGGUGGGCACCGGGGGUUUGAGUCAACUACUUACUGUAUUUAUAAGUAAAGUUAGGACCGAAAGGACGCUACUGACAGAAUGAUGAACAAAGCGUGUUGGCUGUCUACUACACUUGAUGCUUAAAGUAUGAGGGUGCGGUUCAUUUUUGUGGUUUCACUGUACACCAGUGCUUGAAUUGGGCCGGUACUCACCGGUACGCAGUACCGGGACUUCUGAUUUGUACCCAUCUGGUACCGUUACUUCUUACUGAGUACUGGCACGGUACCGGUACGGCGGUACUCAGUACUCAGUAGAUGCGUCAUGAGGUGCCGCCGCCGCUUUGCCUGCCUCGCCCCCAGAGCAGCAGUCUCCGUCGCCCCAAACACCGCCACCCCUCGGCGGCCCACAAGUGCCAGAGGACCUCGGCUAAACAGAGCCUGCCCAGGUAUAUUUAAACAAGUUCCCAACUCGCCUGUACAGUGGGGUAAGGCGCUCAUUUUGCAGCUCAUGGUUUAAAAACAGAGAUUGGCUGGAAUUUCCUGUAAAAAAGAUGCCAUCUUCUGCCAUGCCUGUAGACAUUUCGGUUCAAAUACAUCUAACUCAGAUGCCUUCACCACAAUUGUACCAGAGUACCAAACGCUGUCUCCUGGUACUCAUUAUGAGUAACUCACUAAAAAUGAAAUACUAUAUGACAGUAAAACAAGAAUAGAGUUUGAAAAGG